AUGACCUUUCCCAUGACGACCUGGUGCGCAUGGGAGGCCAAACAGACGAUGCGUGUGCCAGCACUCAGCGCCGAUAUUCGAGACGCCAUCGCAGGUUAUCAUAGCUCUUCAACGGGCGGUACCGUCGCCUUUCACAAGAUCCUUGAGACACGAGUUUUACUUGACGGCUUACCAUCCCACGUCCACGGCGAGGAGCAACAUCCGACUAAUGCUCGGGCGCCUAAAAUGGUAAUUUGGAUGAUGUCGUUCUGCGUAUUCUUGUUCAACUGUUUUUGUUAUGCCACCACUUCGUUCCUCCUCGUCAAGGUUGCAGCAACAUCAGUCUUCGUCCUACUGGUCCAAGGCGACGUAGCUCGCAAAGACCACCAGUCACUUGAAGAUAUGCUCAACGUCUCAAAUCAAAUCUUACCUCCGGAAAUAUUCUGA